AUGUCCAGGUCAUCGAGGCCACCAGAACACCCAACAACCCUUCCCCUCCCCUCGACAGUCGACCUGAACCUCCCGGUAGAACUCCUGCUGACCCUCAAGCCCCUCAUUCCUCUAACUCUCAAACUCUGCGCCUACUGCCUCACCUACCGUCCCACCGACCCCAGUUACUGGCACAGCAUUGCCGGCUACGAACGCUACGACUUCUAG